AUGUCGUUACAAUAUCUGAAAGACAUCACAAACAACUUCUGCAAUGAGAGAAUACUUGGUAGAGGUGGUUCUGGUGUGGUAUAUAAGGGAGUGCUAGGAAACGGGAAAAUGGUUGCAGUGAAGAAGCUUGCACAGUCUAUGUCAAACUCAUUGGAGCAAUUUGAGAAUGAGAUUAAUCUUCUUAUGAAACUAAAGCACCCAAAUAUAGUGCAACUAGUAGGCUACUGUUACGAAACACAGCAUUUACGUAACUAUCAUGAAGGAAAAUUCAUUUUUGCUUGGAACACCGAAUGUUUGCUUUGCUUGGAAUUUCUGCCUAAGGGAAGCCUUGAUAAGUACAUUUCAGAUACAUCUUCCGGACUUGAUUGGCCCACACGCCACCAAAUAAUUGAGGGGAUUUCCUAUGGUCUACAGUACCUCCACGAGCAACCCGAAGGUCCGAUUAUUCACUUGGACCUAAAACCAGCGAACAUACUGAUUGAUGUAAAUAUGAUACCGAAAAUUACAGACUUUGGUCUGUCAAGAAUGUUUGAUAAAAAAACUAUCCACACCGCAAUCACGAGUGGAACAUUAGGUUAUAUGCCGCCGGAAUAUGUACGAGGUAUAAUCACACCUAUGUCAGAUAUAUUCAGUUUGGGUGUAAUUAUCAUGGAGGUAAUAACGGGACACAGGGACUACCCAUAUGAUAUUAGAGAAUCUUCCAUGGAAUUCAUCGAGCUUGAACUGCAAAAAUGGAGAAAUGUGAUGCAAAAAGAACCAGUGUAUACAUCGCUUGAAAUAUAUUGCCAACAAAUAACAAGAUGUAUCCAGAUAGGUCUAAUAUGCGUGAAUCCUGAGCGGACCAAAAGACCUACAGCGAAGAAAAUUAUUGAUAUGCUUCAAGGGUUGGAAAGUAUGGAUUGGUACAUUAGCAACGAGAUAAUUUCUGCUGUUGCAUUGUCCAAGGCCUUGUAUUCUGCUUCAGUGCUUGAUCUAGACACUGUGGCUUGUUUUCUGGCACACCAUGAUAUAAGGUUGGGUCCAAAAAAUACUGCAAAGCCACCAGUGGAGCGUCUGUCAUCCAAGCAUCCUGCCCAAUCUGAAUCAGAAAAGGCACUAACAAGAGUAGAAGGUGACUUGCUGAAGUUUAGACCAACAUUCAAAGUAUACUUGACAUAUCUAACAAUGCGCUUAGCUGCAGUCAAGUGA